AAUUGAUAGAGAAGCAUUCAAUUAAUAUUAACAGGACGGUUUGAAAAACCAUACUUUCUUAAAAUGCUUGUCAAAUUAUUCUUAAUUUGUUAUUGUUUGAAAUGCUCAAUAAGUGAAUAUCCCUUUCGAAAUAUCUCGUUAUCAUGGGCGGAAAGAGUUGAUGAUUUGGUUAAUAGACUAACAGUCGAUGAAUUAAUCGGUCAGAUGUCUCAUGGCGGUGGACCAAGCACAGGUGGUCCAGUUCCAGGUAUUAAAAGGCUGGGUAUUAGUCCGUAUUCUUUUGCUACCGAAUGUAUUCAUGGAGUUAUGCUAAGAAACGCCACUUGUUUUCCUCAAGCUAUAGGUUUAGCUGCAACGUUCAGUGAAGACUCAGUCAGGAAUGCGGCCUUUGUUAUAGCUACAGAAGCAAGAGCAAUAUAUAACAAGUUCAGGAAACAGGGCAUCUAUGAGAAUUAUGCGUCUAUUAGUUGCUUUGCUCCAUUUAUUAAUCUUGUCCGACAUCCUCUGUGGGGUAGGAUUCAAGAGGUUUACGGUGAAGAUCCCUAUCUCUCUGGUAAAAUUGCAUCUGCCUUUGUUAAAGGCCUACAUGGAGAUCACAAACGAUACAUUAAAGUAUCAUCAGGAUGUAAAGUCGUUUCAGCCCAUUCAGGGCCUGAAAACAUUCCUCAAUCUCGAUUUAGUUUCGAUAGCAAAGUGUCGGAAAGAGAUAUGAGAUUGACCUAUUUAGCAAAUGUUCAAGCUUGUAUAGAAGCUGGUACGUUCAAUUUAAUGUGUAGUUACAACAGUCCAGUAGAUGCAGCUGCUGAUGCGGUGAAUGCAGGUGUCGACCUGGAACUUUCUCCUGAUGGACACAGAUCCUUCUUUUAUAAUUUAACACAAGCAGUGAAAUAUGGAAAAGUAAAAGUUACAGCUUUAAGAGAAAGCGUCAAAAAAUUAUUCUACACUAGAAUGAGAUUAGGAGAGUUUGACCCAGAAUAUUUAAAUCCAUAUUCAAAGAUUAAUACAAAUGUUAUUCAAAGUAAGAAACAUAGAGAAGUUGCUAGGAAACUUGCUGAACAAAGUUUUGUACUGCUGAAAAAUUUAAAAGAAACUCUGCCAAUUUUAAAGAUAAUUAAUCGUCUUGCGUUAAUAGGACCAAUGGUUAAUGAUACAGGUCAACUUUAUGGAUCAUACUCUCCUUUAAUAAUGCAAGAAUAUGCGACGACUGGAAUGAGCUUAAUAGCAUUAUCAAAAGUAGCACACAUUAUUAAAGGGUGUGAUGAUACACGAUGUAAGAAAUAUAAUAGUACUGCGGUGAAAAUUGCCGUUUCUGAAUCGGAUUUCUCAAUUGUAUUUCUCGGUACCGGAGUUGCGGUUGAAACAGAAGGAAUGGACAGAUCUAAUAUGGAUCUUCCAGGUCAUCAAGAGCAGUUACUUAAAGAUGUCGUUUCAGCAUCGAAGGGAAAUCCAGUUGUUGUGAUUCUAUUUACGGGUGGUCCUGUUAAAAUUACCUGGGCAAUGGAAUCUAAAAAUGUUCACGCAAUACUACAAGCGUGGUUUCCUGGACAGGAAACAGGAACGGCUUUACGUAGGGUUCUAGCGCAUGGAGGUAAAUUUGUGACAUCACCAUCUGGUCGUUUGCCUUAUACAUGGCCAAGAGAUCUCGGUCAAGUUCCACCAAUGGUCGACUAUUCAAUGAAGAAUCGAACAUAUAGAUAUAUGAUGGAUAAACCUCUGUUAGAAUUUGGAUUUGGGUUAUCAUAUACAAAGUUCCGAUAUUCUAACUUAUCUGUUUAUCCAACGGUUGUAAGAAAUAUUGGACAAAAAGUUAAAAUCAAUUUCAAAGUACAAAACGUUGGUCAUUAUCCAUCGGAAGAGGUACCACAAGUCUAUAUACGCUGGUUAGAUACUAAAGAGGAAAUGCCUAAGUUACAACUGGUUGCUUUUAAGCGAACCUCAGCGAUAAAAGAGAAUAGGGGUUUGUCAUUAACCUUUACUAUAGAAGGCAAACAAUUGGCAGUUUGGAAAGAUGUUGGAGGUUUUGUUCUAGAGAGGGGUCGUAUAGAGAUUUUCGUUGGUGGUCAACAACCGUCCUAUUUACGACUAUCUAAUUCAAACAGCCUACGUCAUAUUAUAACCGUUGCUUAA